CGGGUCUCAUGCACUAACACUCUAUCCGCCCUCAUAAUCUCUGUUAGAGUUUACCAACAACACAUAUAUACGUUUCGACAAAAUGAAGACUGCUGUCAUUGCCUCUCUCAUCGCCGGCGCCGCCGCCUUUGCCCCUGCCAAGAACGCGGCCCGUACUUCGGUUGCCACCAACAUGGCAUUCGAAGACGAGCUCGGUGCUCAGCCUCCGCUUGGAUUCUUCGAUCCCCUCGGCCUUGUCGCCGACGGUGACCAGGAGAAGUUCGACCGUCUCCGUUACGUUGAGAUCAAGCAUGGACGUAUUUCCAUGCUUGCUGUUGUUGGAUACCUCGUCCAGGAAGCCGGCGUCCGUCUUCCAGGAACCAUCGACUACUCCGGCAAGACCUUCGCUGAGAUCCCCAACGGCUUCGCCGCCUUCAAGGAGAUCCCCGCUGGUGGACUUGUACAGCUUCUUUUCUUCAUUGGAGUCCUUGAAUCCAGUGUCAUGCGUGACUUGACCGGCGAAGCCGAGUUCGUUGGUGACUUCCGUAACGGAGCCAUCGACUUCGGCUGGGACACCUUUGACGAGGAGACCCAGUUCAAGAAGCGUGCCAUUGAGCUCAACCAGGGCCGCGCUGCCCAGAUGGGAAUUCUUGCCCUUAUGGUGCACGAGCAGUUGGGUGUCUCUCUCCUCCCCCAGUAAUUUUGUUACAUUUACUGACUUCAAGGAGUCGAGGAAUCGAUACUGCCGUCGUUUCCAGGAUCCGAGGUUUCAUAAACUCUGUUAACGUUAUAGAAACAGACUUACCUCUCCUAC